GUCAAAAAAUGGUCGUUCUCGCUUGUCAACUGUGAUUUUUAUUAUUGUGAUUUUAAUUUUUAAUGUUUUUUUAAAUAAUUAAUGAGAAAUAGUGCAUUCAAACUUUUACUCACUCAAACAAGGAUGGCUUCGUCGGCUAAAAAGCUCAAGCUAUCAGCGCCAUCGACAAGUUCCGAAAACAAAACCAAAAUUGAUGAUUUUAUGAACCAAAUACAAAAGAGGCGGGAAGAGACCGCCGAAUCGAUCUUAAAGUUUAAUUUUAACAAGAAACGUGUGAGAAUAAUAUCUCAAGAGCAAAUGGUUGCAGACGGCUGUGAAGGUAUUGUUUACUGGAUGUCAAGGGACAGCAGAGUGCAAGACAACUGGGCUUUCCUGUUUGCGCAGAAGUUGGCUCUGAAGAAUGAAGUGCCACUCCAUGUAUGCUUCUGCUUAAUUGCCAAAUAUCUAGAUGCGUCCGUAAGGCAGUUUCAUUUUUUGAUAAAAGGUCUAGAGAAAGUAGCGGCAGAAUGUAAAAAGUUAAACAUAUCAUUCCACUUGCUGGAGGGCAGUGGAGCAGAAGCCUUACCACAGUGGAUCAUAGACCACAAGAUAGGUGCUGUGGUGUGUGACUUUAACCCACUUAGAGUUCCCAUGAGCUGGCUGGAUGGAGCCAAGAAGAAGUUUAAAAAGAAUGUACCGUUAAUACAGGUAGACGCGCAUAAUGUCGUGCCAUGUUGGGUAGCUUCAGACAAGCAGGAGUACUCUGCCAGAACAAUCAGAAACAAGAUCAACUCCAAGCUAGAUGAGUACCUGACAGAGUUUCCCCCUGUCAUCAAACAUCCCUACACCAGCAAAUUUGAGCCUGAGCCUAUAGACUGGGAUGAAGCGAUAGAGAGCCGUGAGGCGGACAAAUCCGUGGGGCCCAUAGAGUGGGCGGCGCCCGGGUACGACAAUGCGGUCAAAGUCCUCAAGAGCUUCCUUGACACGCGCCUCAAAGUGUUCGCUACAAAAAGAAACGACCCCACACAAGACGCGCUCAGCAACCUGUCGCCUUGGUUCCAUUUUGGUCAAAUAUCCGUACAGCGGGUAGCACUAUGCGUCCAAGAGUACAAAAAGAAAUACACAGAGAGUGUGAACGCGUAUCUAGAAGAGUCGAUAGUUCGCAGGGAAUUGGCGGAUAACUUCUGCUUCUACUGCGAAAACUAUGACAGCAUUAAAGGCGCCAGUGCGUGGGCGCAGAAAACGCUUGACGAUCACAGAAAAGACAAAAGGCCAUACAUAUACACGCUCGAACAGUUAUCCAAGGCGCAAACUCAUGACGACCUGUGGAACUCUGCGCAAAUCCAGCUGGUGAAGGAAGGCAAGAUGCACGGCUUUCUGAGGAUGUACUGGUGUAAAAAGAUCCUCGAGUGGACGCCAAGUCCAGAGGACGCGUUAAAAUAUGCCAUUUACCUGAACGACCACUACAGCGUCGAUGGAAGGGAUCCGAGUGGCUAUGUUGGUUGCAUGUGGUCGAUCUGCGGCAUCCACGACCAGGGCUGGGCGGAGCGCGCGGUGUUCGGCAAGAUUCGCUACAUGAACUACGAAGGCUGCAAGCGCAAGUUCUCGGUGCCGGCCUUUGUGGCCAGAUACGGCGGGAAGGUCCACAAGUAUGUCGCCAAAAAGUGAUUUUAUGAAGGUCCAAAAGUAUAUCGCCAAAGUGAUUUAAUAAUUAAAAUAAAAUGUUCCUUUGUGCUCUAAGACAUCCAAUUCGCGACGGAAAUAUUUACAACGCGAUUAUUAUAAGAAGUUACAAUACGGUAAAUCUGCGGCAUUCACGACCAAGAGCGGGCAAUGCGCGCGUUGUUUAGCAAGAUACCCAACAUCAAAGAUAUUAUAAAACUCCCAGUAGGCAACGCCCAUACAGUUGCAUUUUAAGUGAAGACUGAAGACAAAUUCUUACUUCCCGUUGAUCUAAAAUCAUGUUUGGCAGGUAGGUGGCUCUUACAGCACAAAUAAAGGAAAAAAUCGUGGUUACAUCACAAAAAAAAUUAAAUGUGAAAUUUACUAAAUCAGAUUAGCUUGCCGUGUUCUACAUAAAAACCUUAGGUGCGUAUAUCUUGUACGAUAAUACGGAACCCUUCGUGUGCGAGUCCCACUCUCACUUGUUUCAAUUGUUAAGGAAUUUAUUAUUAUUGAAUCUGAGUUGAUUAAGAAUGUUACUUCUAUGUCUCAGUCAGAUAAUCGCUUUAAAAAGAUGGAUACUACUUCAUUUAUUAUUUCAUUUUUAAUUUUCUAAUUCGAAUAAAAACUGAGUAGAUACUGUUAACUUAGGUAUGUAAUGUAUAUAUACAAUUUUUUGAUAUAUUUAAGUAGUUUGAUAGUAUUUAAGUAUUAAUUGUUAAGUACUUAAUUGAUCUAGUAUAGAAUCUUGAAUUAUGUAAGAUUAUGUACAAAUUGUGUUAUAAAUUGAAUGAAGGCCCGGUAUACACCAAAGCACAGAUGUGUUUAGCACACCAAUCAAAAUAGUGAUAGAUGUGAUAAUUUUUUACGUUAUCAAUCAAUAAACUGAUUUGUCUGCUGAACGUACCUCUGCUGCGUACCUCUUAAAUGGAUACCGGGUCGAAGUGGUGAGUGAACACAUUACUUGCUGUGUUGUUGUGUGUCGUGAUGUUAUCCCUUGCUUCUGCAUCACAACACGACACUAACGGGCUUGCUACCAUUUAUAUAGAAUAGUAGCCAUACAGAAUAGUAGGUAUAGAUCAGGAACAAAAUGACAUUAUUCAAGUUUUUUUUUAGAUGACAACCUAAAAUAUUUAUUCUAGAAUGAAAUUAGGUCAAACUUAUUAUUGCUUUUUGCCCGAAAAGGUCCGCUUUAUACAUCACCGCGCCACUUAUUACAGAUUCUGUAGAUAUUCAUAUCACUGCUUACUACAAAUAAAAACAAGCGUAUCUUCCAUUCUACGCGACAUUGGCAAAGUGCAUUGUGCUGGUGUGGCACUACUAAGCCAUUAUACAAAAUAAGAA